AGAGCUUCUGCUUCGCUUUUCUCGAGAAACCCAAACAAAAAUUUCUCGGGAUAUCCCUCCCACUCCCCUCCGCCUUUUGUUUGCUUCAUCCCAUCCUACUCUUCCGCUCUCCUUCUUGUUCUUCUUCUUCUUCGGCAUAUUCCAGGUACUUGGCUACGCCGGUUGCCGGGCCGUUGAAGAUUCAGAGCUUCAUUCUUGCUCCGUUUUCUCUUCUCUGCUAGUUCUGGAACUGCCGUUGAAGGGCACAUUCCUUUGCUCGGGUUCUCUCUUGCUCAUCUGAACUUUGAGGGAGAGACACAUAGCGAGAAAGGGAGGCAGGGAGGGAGACUCUGUAGGUGAAAUUAGUGUGAAUUCCGUUGUUACCUCAGGGAACUCCGCUCCGCUGUUCCCGUAAGGCGAUCUCGCCUUAUCCUUCCCGCAGAAUCAGUUUCCGAGCUGCCACCGAGCUCGAAGCAGUAAUCUGCUCUUAGAAAAGGCAUCCGUUCCUGGAAGCAGGAAGGUACUUGUGAAAUUUUGCCUCCACGAGAGAGAAACAAGGAUUCUGGAGAUGGGUUUGUGCGGAGCGAGGCAGAGGAUGUUGAGAUCAGCUCCAGUGAUAUUCCUUCACCUCGUAUUUGCCGUCUUCGUUGCUUCUGCGGAGAGAAGCUUAAAGCUGGGAGCUUCGGGAGGGAAUGGAACAGAGGAAACCGUCUCGGUUUCGGGUUUCCUCCACAAAGCUGUGAAUUUCUUGUGGCAAUCGGACGAGACGGGUUAUCACCAUGUCUGGCCGGAUAUGAAAUUUGGUUGGCGUAUUAUUGUUGGAACAAUAAUAGGGUUCUUUGGAGCAGCUUUUGGUAGUGUAGGUGGGGUUGGUGGCGGCGGCAUUUUUGUUCCCAUGCUUAGCCUAAUUAUAGGGUUUGACCCGAAGUCAGCAACAGCUAUAUCAAAAUGUAUGAUCAUGGGUGCUGCAGGAUCAACAGUUUAUUACAACCUUAAGCUGAGGCAUCCUACCAUAGAUAUGCCUAUUAUAGAUUAUGACUUAGCCCUGCUCAUCCAACCAAUGCUCAUGCUCGGGAUUAGUAUUGGAGUAGCUUUCAACGUGAUAUUUGCUGACUGGAUGGUCACUGUGUUGCUUAUCAUUCUCUUCAUAGGCACAUCCACAAAGGCAUUCUUCAAAGGUGUUGAGACAUGGAAAAAGGAAAGUUUAUUGAAAAAGGAAGCUGUCAAGCAAUUGGAGUCCAACGGUAAUGGAAAUGCAGAAGUAGAAUACAAGGCGCUCCCUAGUGGACCUCAGCAGGAGGAACCAGAGGUUGGAGUUCUUGAGAAUGUUUACUGGAAAGAACUUGGGCUGCUCGUCUUUGUGUGGGUGGCGUUCCUUGCUCUGCAGAUUGCUAAGGAGAAGACAUCUAAUUGUUCAAUAUCAUACUGGGUAAUAAACUUGAUGCAGAUUCCAGUUUCUUUUGGGGUGUCCCUUUACGAGGCAGUUAGCUUGUACAAGGGAAAAAGAAAGAUAGCCUCCAAGGGAGAUCAGGGCAGUAACCUCAAAGUGUAUCAGCUUGCACUUUACUGUACCUGCGGUGUGCUUGCUGGAGUAGUUGGAGGCCUGCUCGGCUUAGGUGGAGGUUUCAUUAUGGGUCCACUUUUCUUGGAGCUGGGAAUUCCUCCUCAAGUCUCAAGUGCCACGGCAACAUUUGCAAUGACCUUCUCAUCAUCGAUGUCUGUUGUGGAAUACUAUCUUCUCAAACGGUUCCCUGUCCCUUAUGCAUUGUACUUAGUUAUUGUGGCUACCAUUGCUGCGGUGAUAGGGCAACAUGUUGUCAGGAAGCUCAUCAUUCUACUCGGAAGGGCUUCACUUAUAAUAUUUAUUCUGGCCCUCACAAUAUUUGUCAGUGCUCUCUCUCUUGGUGGUGUUGGGAUAUCAAACAUGGUUGGGAAGAUUCAAAGGCAUGAGUACAUGGGAUUUGAGAAUCUCUGCAAGUACAACGCGUAGUCUCAUCAAUUCAUUCUCAUCGGAUUUUUUUGUUCUCUUUUUUGUUUCCCAUCUUUUUAUUUUAUUUACUUGUCAUAUAUUGAUGCCUUGUAGCAUGUCUUGGCAUCGUUAAAUUCCCCCCCCGGUAGAUGUGGAAAGUCACGUUUGUAGUUCAAUGUGCUAAUUUCCAACACCCCAAUGUUUUUUAGAUGAAAAAUUCACUUUUCCUUCUUGUUUCAGAUGAAAAUUGUCUUGUGGGUUCGAAAUAAUUGCAGAAAACAUUCUUGCAAGUAUCACUUUUUUGGUCUUCAUUGAACUGGUUACUAUCAAUUAAA